AUGUGGUAUGUUAUAUGCUUUUACAGCUUUUUCUUUGGCUGUAAUGGGCUUUUAUGCCUCUGCUAUAAAUUCGUUCAUAGCCAAUGGGUUGGACUCUGCGAAAUAUUCAUUUGAAUAUUUAUAAAUAUUGGAAUUUUUUAUUACUUUGCUCCUGAAGAAAAUGCUUUUGAUGAAAUUAGAAAAUCUUAUAUGGAUAUUGCUUUAACCUUCGAACAGCCUACAUUUAUAGGAAAUUUAAAUGAAAAUAAUUGGAAAUUUUCCUUAGAAUCUUUGAAUUUUAACAAUCUAAUAACCAUCAUAUUAUUCCUAUUAGUCUUCAUCAGGCAAUCAAUUGAUCCAAGUCAAAAAAUACUCAUCUCACAUUUUCUUAUAUUUUUAGACACAAGCUUCGCGAAUUAUUACAUAGACAGCAAUACCUGGGAAAUUAAUUUAUCAAAAAUUAUUUUCUCAAUUUUUAUGAUGGUCUUCACAUAUAUUUAUUUUCUCACAAAUAAUGGUAUAAGUGUCAAAAAUAAUGAAAAUAAAAUUAUUAUCUGUUUCAUUCUCAAUACAGCUUGGCUCAUUUUUACGGUAUUUACUCAUUCUUAUCGAUUUUUAAGUACUGAAGCAUAUGAAUGACUUAUACCUGCAGCAAAGAAGAUUUUGGAAGAAAUCAUGAUGAACUUUGUUUCUUUGCCUUUUCUACUUUGUUUUGCAUGUAUUACAAAAUCAAUACUUGAUGCAUUAGAAAUGAAUUCAUAUAUACCGGUACCUAAAGUAUUUUGGCCAAAAAAAUUUUUACGUAUAUUGAUGGACGAUAUAGGAAGAAUUCUUGGACUAGUUUUUGUUUGUUUCCUUAUGCUUGGCAUUCACUGAGGUCUAGAAAUAAUUUAUUUUUGUCCAAAAAUCCUUACUGAAGGGUUUAUAAUGAUAUUUUCUGAGAUUUUAUCGUAUUUUUUGUAUAAUAGAAAUAGGCCCAUUUCGGGGGAAUUAGACAAUAAUUUAGUAGCAUUUUAUUUGGAAAUUAGUGCAUUUAGAUGGAUUUUGUCUUUUGUAUCUUAA